AUCCGCCUCUGCCAGCCUGAUCGGCAGUUACCGCUCUUUCUCUCUCUCUCUCUCUUCUCUCCGAUGAAGUUCGAAGCGAGAUAGCGUAAAGGAAGAGUAACUAUGAGUUCCUUAGUUUUACGGCCUUUCGGCAGUUUUCAGUUCUUGAAGCAUUCCUCAAGCUCUGUUUCGCAAGUUCGUUUCAGCCGAUUCAAAGUUUAUGCGAAUUCAAACGAUAUAGUAGAUGCGAAAACGACGGUUGGAGGAGGUGAAAGCGGUCUGGAAACAUCAAACUCAGUGAUUUCUGUUGAAGAUGAUAACAAGUAUGACAAAUCGUCUACGAAUGCAUCUACAGCUCCUGUUUCAAUUGAGAAAGAUCUUAAGAAGGUUGUUCAAAAGACAGCUGCAACUUUUGCACCAAGAGCUUCUACUGCCACCAAGAACCCUGCUGUACCUGGUUCAGUAUUGUACACUGUGUUUGAGGUUCAAGCCUAUGUCUCAAUGUUAAUUGGAGGAGCUCUAUCAUUCAAUCUCGUAUUUCCUUCAAACGAACCAGAUAUAUGGAGAUUAAUGGGAAUGUGGUCAAUUUGGAUGUUCACUGUCCCUUCUCUUCGUGCUAGAGAUUGUUCGAAAAAUGAGAAAGAAGCUCUGAAUUAUCUCUUUCUCCUCAUCCCAUUGAUGAAUGUUAUAAUUCCUUUCUUCUGGAAGUCCUUUGCAGCCGUAUGGUCUGCAGAUACAGUUGCAUUUCUUGGCAUGUAUGCUUGGAAGAUGGGUUGGCUACAGAGAAAAGAAUAGAGAUUGAGUUAUGAACAAUUGAUCAAUUUAUGUGGAAGGAAGGUAAUAUAGAAACUCAUCUUCUUCCUGAAUACUAAGCUUGAUACUAAGCUUGUUUACAUCUCCUCUCCUGUAAGUAAAGUAAAUCAGAAACCUUUGAUAGAUAUUCAUUAGAUUCUGCUGGAAGAGAUAAAUACUAUUAUCAUAA